AGGGCUCGGUUACUAAUUGCAGAAGGAACUCCCCCAUUGCCUAUUGAGGGUUUUAUUUACUUCAACAUUUGAGAGAAAGCACCAACCUCUCUAUGUGGAUCACUCUCUGCUGUUAUCAUUCCCUGCAAUUCCCUACUCGUAUUCGACUUUCUGAUUUUUGAAGCUGAAAUGAGAUGACGUCUUCACAAUCUUCACAAAAUGUGGAGUUCGAAGCGGCGAAGUUUCUUCACAAACUCAUUCAAGAUUCUAAAGAUGAGCCGGCAAAACUGGCUACAAAACUCUACGUGAUAUUGCAACACAUGAAAUCAAGCGGGAAGGAACAUUCAAUGCCGUAUCAAGUAAUAUCAAGGGCCAUGGAGACUGUCAUCAAUCAACAUGGUCUUGAUAUUGAAGCUUUGAGGUCAUCACGCCUUCCAUUGACCAGUGGAACUCAAAUGGGGGAUUCUUCGACUGCACAAUAUGGAGGAUCUUCACAGGCAGUUGGAGUUGGGAAAGACUCUAAAGCAGGAUCGGCUGAAAAUGAGAUAUCCAAAAUCGACACCUUUCCUUCCAGCAGGCCUCCUGUUGGCCCAAGCACUGCAGGCCAUGAUUACUACCAAGGAUCUGGAACUCAAAGGAGCAGUCAGUCAUUUGAUCAUGAAAGCCCUUCUAGUUUGGACACCAGGUCUGCCAAUUCACAAUCCCAAGAAAGAGGAGUGAAUCAAAAGGAUGGUAAAAAGGCUGCUGCUAAGAGGAAGAGGGUUGAUUCAUCUCUGCACUCAGAAAUGCAUGGCGACAACCCCCAGCAACUUAAUCCACGCAAUGCCAUAGUCAAUCCAAGGAGGGGGAAAAUGAACAAGGUUGACUCUCCAGGGGGUUAUCCAGUUAGAGGUGGUGAAAAUACAAGCUUUAACAAGGUUCCCAAUAGUGGCCAGCUGGAAGUUUCGUCUUCUUUUGUGUCCGCAGGACAACAGCAAGGGGGCUCUCUUCCAUCUGCACAUGAAAGUCUCACUUCUAGGGGGAUGUGGAAUCAAAAUAAAGCUGGGUUACCCCUUGAAAGAUCCCAUGUUCCGAGGUUCUCUUCUAAUGCUGUUUCUGGCAAUACAACGGCAGAAAUUCAAUUGCAGCAGUCAGCAAUUUCAUCUCUUGGAUCAAGUGCUUUUAGCAAGGUUCAUGGAGGGAUGCCUGUCACUUCGAAUCCAACAGGGCCCAUGGGGGAGCUAGGAUUUGCAGGUCCAGUUCAAUACAGUAGUUCUGAAAAUCAGAAACAUGGAUUGACAAAGGGAGCUGUAGCUAGUUCUGCUGAGAAAACAUCAGAAGGCCACUUUUUUGCUGCUAACCGAGUGGAUGACUUUCCAACGUCACUUUCAACUGGAAAGAUUUUAGAAAAUGGAGGCAGUUCGAACAUGUUUGCAGAUGCAAGUAAAAUUGUCCAGGGUGGCAGGCAAACUAGUAAUUCAGAACUGACAAUGAUUAGAUCAACAUCCCCUAGAGAUGUGGGAAAAUCUCCUGUUUUCCAGGGUUCUGCCUUGUCUGGCAUGCCUUUCAAUGAACAGCAGCUGAGACAACUCAGAGCUCAGUGCCUUGUCUUUUUAGCAUUCAGAAAUGAUUUGAUGCCAAAGAAACUUCAUCUGGACAUAGCACUUGGAAAUGCCAUUUCUAAAGAUGGUGGCACUUUGGAUGGUCCUCGGAAAGAGCUGAUUGAUUAUAAAGGAAAGGCACAAUCUUCUAAUGAGUCGACCAGCAUUCCUGAGGUUUUAAUGUCAUGUGGAAGGCUGAAUAAUGCAAAGGAAUCUGAUAAAGUGCUUCCAGGUUCUGGGGCAAGAUUCUUGGAUGGAAACUAUGUCCCCAAAGAAGCUGAUACACUGAAAAUGGUGGAGGACCCGCCUUCUGACCCCUUGAUUCUUGCAGAUGAAAGGAAAUAUCUACUCUCCACAAGAAAACCGGAUGCUGAAAUGCAAAGCCAAGAAGCAGUGGAAUCACAGGGAUUUUUCCCUUCUGCAAUGCAGCAGCCUGAUUCAUCAAGGGGUGGUUUACUCUUGAGUAACCCUGUGGACGGCAUGGAGAACACCUGUCUGCAAGUUGGAAAAACUGACCAUGCUUCUUCAACAUCAUUUGUAAAUAAGCAGGCAAACCUUGAGGCAGUUAGCUGGACUGGCAUUGGCAAUCAAUCCCUUCCAUUUCGCUCUGUUCAGCUUGGGUUGGUUCCAGACAGAAAAGAUAAUGCUUCUAGUCAGUUUCACAGUCUUGGCAACAGUAUUGCUUCAGAUGAUUCAAGGUUAUCCGAAUUUCAAACAAGAUACGCUCCAGAUGGGUACAAGGUUGUUCCAGUUGAUGUUUCAUUAAGAAAUGGCAUCUCUUUUACAACAGAACAAGAUGAUGAAGAUAAGUCAGCUUCUACUGAUUCACUACCUUCUCCAAAGUACACCAUGUCAGAGAAAUGGAUUAUGGAUCAUCAGAGGAAGAAACUUUUAACUGAGCAAAAUUGGGUUCUAAAACAGCAGAGAACAAAACAAAGUAUCUCUACUUGUUUUUACAAGUUAAAGGAAACUGUUAGCUUUUCCAAAGACAUAUCUGCAAAAACCAAAAGUGUAAUAGAAUUGAAAAAGCUUCAGCUAUUGGAGCUUCAACGCCGUCUAAGAAGUGAUUUUCUCAAUGAUUUUUUUAAGCCUAUCACAAAUGACAUGGAUCGAUUGAAAUCAUGCAAGAAACAUAAGCAUGGUAGGAGGAUCAGACAACUUGAAAGGUAUGAGCAGAAAAUGAAGGAAGAACGACAAAAGAGGAUACGUGAAAGGCAGAAGGAGUUCUUUGAUGAGAUAGAAGUUCACAAGGAAAGACUGGAUGAUGUGUUUAAGAUUAAGAGAGAACGCUGGAAAGGUUUCAAUAAAUAUGUCAAAGAGUUCCAUAAAAGGAAGGAGCGCAUUCAUCGGGAGAAGAUUGACAGAAUCCAGCGUGAGAAGAUUAAUUUAUUGAAAAUCAAUGAUGUUGAGGGGUAUCUGCGAAUGGUGCAGGAUGCAAAAUCAGACCGUGUUAAGCAACUACUGAAAGAGACGGAGAAGUAUCUUCAAAAGCUGGGAUCCAAGCUACAGGAAGCAAAGUCUAUGGCAAGCAGAUUUGAGAAUGAUAUGGACGAGUCACGAACUGCUACUGUUGUUGAGAAGAAUGAAACAGCUGCUGAGAAUGAAGAUGAAAGUGACCAGGCCAAGCAUUACAUGGAAAGCAAUGAGAAGUACUAUUUGAUGGCUCAUAGUGUAAAAGAAAGCAUUGCAGAACAGCCAACUUGUCUCCAGGGCGGAAAAUUAAGGGAGUACCAAAUGAAUGGACUAAGGUGGUUGGUUUCAUUAUACAACAAUCAUUUGAAUGGCAUUCUUGCUGAUGAAAUGGGUCUUGGGAAAACUGUUCAGGUUAUUUCUCUAAUAUGCUACCUGAUGGAAACAAAAAAUGAUAGAGGGCCUUUCUUGGUCGUUGUACCUUCUUCAGUUUUACCUGGCUGGGAGACUGAAAUCAAUUUCUGGGCACCUGGAAUCCUUAGAAUUGUCUAUUCCGGGCCUCCAGAGGAGAGGCGCAGGCUAUUUAAGGAAAAGAUUGUGCAUCAGAAAUUCAAUGUCCUUUUGACGACAUAUGAAUAUCUGAUGAACAAGCAUGAUAGACCGAAACUGAGCAAGAUACAUUGGCACUAUAUAAUAAUUGAUGAAGGCCAUCGCAUAAAGAAUGCUUCUUGCAAAUUGAAUGCUGAAUUGAAGCAUUAUCAGAGCUCCCACAGGUUGUUGUUAACUGGAACACCACUACAGAACAAUCUUGAGGAAUUGUGGGCGCUGCUCAACUUUUUGCUACCUAACAUAUUUAAUUCAUCAGAAGACUUUUCUCAGUGGUUCAACAAACCGUUUGAGAGUAAUGGUGAUAAUUCAGCCGAUGAAGCCUUACUUUCCGAGGAAGAAAAUUUGUUGAUUAUAAACCGUCUUCACCAAGUUCUUCGACCAUUUGUACUUCGGAGACUGAAACACAAGGUUGAGAAUCAGCUGCCUGAAAAGAUUGAGAGACUUGUUAGGUGUGAGGCUUCUGCAUAUCAGAAGCUUCUAAUGAAAAGGGUGGAAGAGAAUCUUGGCUCAAUUGGAAAUCCAAAGGCUCGAUCAGUGCACAACUCAGUCAUGGAGCUUCGUAACAUAUGCAAUCACCCAUAUCUGAGCCAGCUUCAUGCAGAUGAGGUUGAUACUUUGAUACCUAAGCAUUUUUUGCCACCAAUUAUUAGACUUUGUGGAAAGCUUGAGAUGCUAGACCGAUUGCUACCCAAACUGAAAGCAACAGACCAUCGGGUUCUUUUCUUUUCCACAAUGACUAGGCUGCUUGAUGUCAUGGAGGAGUAUCUUACCUGGAAACAGUAUCGAUACCUUCGCUUGGAUGGUCAUACUUCUGGAGGUGACCGUGGUUCACUCAUUGACAGUUUUAACCAACAAGAUUCUCCAUAUUUUAUUUUCUUGCUGAGCAUUCGGGCUGGUGGUGUUGGAGUGAACCUUCAAGCUGCUGAUACUGUGAUCAUAUUUGACACUGAUUGGAAUCCUCAGGUUGAUCUCCAAGCACAAGCAAGGGCUCAUAGGAUUGGCCAGAAGAGGGAGGUGCUGGUUCUUCGAUUUGAAACAGUCCAAACUGUUGAAGAACAAGUCAGAGCUUCAGCUGAGCAUAAACUGGGAGUUGCUAAUCAGAGUAUUACUGCUGGUUUCUUUGACAACAAUACAAGUGCAGAAGAUAGAAGGGAAUACUUGGAGUCCCUCCUGCGAGAAUGCAAGAAAGAGGAGGCUGCCCCUGUAUUAGAUGAUGAUGCUCUAAAUGAUCUCUUAGCUCGCAGUGAAUCAGAGAUUGAUGUAUUUGAAUCAGUUGACAAACAAAGGCAGGCAAAAGAGAUGGCAACAUGGAAGAAUUUGUUAUUGGGACAAGGGAUGGAUGCUUUGGAACAUCAACCUCCUUUGCCUUCACGCCUUGUAACAGAUGAUGACCUGAAAGUAUUCUAUAAAGCAAUGAAUUUGUAUGAUGUGCCUAAGGCUGGGGUAGAAUCCAAUGCAGGAGUGAAGCGGAAGGGGCAGUCUCUUGGGGGCCCUGAUACUCAGCAGUAUGGAAGGGGAAAGCGAGCUAGAGAGGUACGCUCUUAUGAAGAGCAAUGGACAGAAGAGGAAUUUGAGAAGAUGUGUGAGGCUGAAUCUCCCGAUUCUCCCAUGAGGAAAGAAGAAACAGGAGAGAGGAACUUGCUGAAAGAUGCUAGCGGAUCUUUAUUGGCUAUUGGUAGCUCAGAACCUCAAGCUCCACCACAACUGCCCCUGCCACCACCAUCUGUGGAGCCUCUCCCUCCACCGCCAUCUGUGGAGCCGCUCCCUCCGCCGCCGCCAUCUGUGGAGCCUCUCCCUCCGCCGCCGCCAUCUGUGGAGCCUCUCCCUCCGCCGCCAUCUGUGGAUCCUCUCCCUCCGCCGCCAUCUGUGGAGCCUCUCUCGCUGCAGCAGAGCAAAGAGGUAACGCCAUCAAAACGGGGGCGUGGAAGGCCAAGAAGAGUAACUUUAGAUAAAGGUCCAGCUGCAAUGGCACUCUCAGUACCUCUUGGAACUGGCAAAGUCGAUACGGAGUUACAGAAAGGAAUGGAGUCUUGCUCCUCAAAAACCUCUGCUCCUGAAUCUUCACCUGUUCCUAAUUUAGGAAGUAAUAGUAGAGCCACACCUCAUCCAGGUUCAGGGAUUUCGCCCAGUACUCAACCAAUUACUCCAGUUUCUGUUACACUUGGCUCACAAACUACACCUGCUUCCCUUUCCAUGCCAUUGCAAUCAAGAGGUCGAGGUCGGAAGGUUCAAGGUGGAGUUCAAACACCCCGGCGCAGAGGAAAGAAUCAGGUGGCAAUUUCAUCCGCUCCUGCAAGUUCAGCUGUUCCUGAUCCAAAUAUAAAUGAUCAAUCAGUGAAUGUAUCUGUCAAUCCAUCAAUUAUUGCCAUGGGUGGAACUGUUUCUAGUGCUCCCAUGUCACAGCAUCCUAGUAAUUUACCUGGUUCUGCUGCUGCAGAGGGUACUAAUGCAACCACUCAUCAUUCUGGGCCUGGGACUGCUUUCAAUUCUGAACCAAAACCUCCCAACCCUUCCAUCUCCCCUAUCAUUCAAUCCAUUGCUCCUAGUCCUUCAGUUCCUAUGCAAGUUAAAGGGCAAAACCAGAAGACUCAAAGUGGCACUGGAACACCUCGACGCAGAGGAAGGAAAGAGGUGCCAGUAUCACCUUCUGUUCCAGAUGUUUCAGAUGGUCAGCUUUCAAAAUCCAAUCCAACACUUUCACAGGAUAAAUCUGGGGAAUCAUCAGGAAGCAAAGCUAUUUUCACGACGAGUAACCAACAAAAUGAUGCUCUGGAAAGGGAUGUUAACCAGGAGCAACUGUCCAGAGAAGCUGGCCAGGACCAAAAAGCAACUGAGCAUUCAGAUGAUGCAGCCCAGCAUAGGCAACCUGCCAGCUCUCCGGCAACACAUGAUGAUAUUACCAGAUCUAUGGCUUGUGCAGGCUCUUCUGGACAAAUACGUGGUGCUGAUAUGCAAGAUGUAGUUUCUGUGACAAAGGAGGUUUCAGCAGAAAAUAGCUCUUUGAAAGCUAAAGUAGGUGAAGUUUCCAGGAAUGAAGGUGGAGCUAUCCUGUCUACACCUCUGCAAAGUAACCUCUUUCUAGAGGUGGUCCAUAAUCAAAGCUCAGAGGAUAAACCUUCCCCGGUGGUUUGUCCCCCAACAGAGUCAUUACUGGGUUCUGCCACUGUAGAAAGUGUUGGCAAAACUGUGCAUCAGCUUACUCCAAAGAUUGCUUCUUGCUCUCAGGAAAUUUCAUCUUAUCCUUCUGUUACUCCAAUCUUUCAAUCUAAUACCCCUGAAGCAAUGCAAGUUAAAAGGCAAGGUCGUAAAGCUUCUACCAGAGUGGAAACACCAAGGCGAAGAGGAAAGAAACAGGGUUCAGUUUCACUUGCUGUGGAUGCUUCAGUUGAUCAGGAUCCCAUUAUAAAUGCUCAAACGCAAAAUAAGUCUAAAGAUUCAUUAGGGGGGAUGGCCAUGUCCUUUAGGAGCGGGCAAGGGAAUGAUUUCAAGGAGUUGAAGAACGUGGUUCAGGAAGCAUGUGUUCCCAGUGGUUUAGUUGUUCAAGAUCCAAAAAGGAAAGAAGCUAGUGGGAUUCCAGCUUUUGGCCAAAUUCAGACCUCUGAUGUAACUGAUGUUGCUCGUGUGAUGAAGGAGAUAUUUUCCGAGACUUGCUCUUCGAAAACUAAAAGUGGUGACUAUUCUGGAGUUGAAGUUAGAAGUGCCCCUGUAUCAAGUAAGAUGUCUGUGGAGGUGGCAAAAGACCGAAGCUCGGAUUGUAAAGCACUUUCAGCUGUGUCAGUUUUAGAAGCAGAAGCUCCAGUUAUGAGGAGUUCAAUUGUUGAUUCUAAACAGUCUGGGUCUGGAGAUGGUGUCAAAAUGGAAGGGUAUAAUGCUUCAGAAGCAGAAGCUCCAGUUAUGAGGAGUUCAAUUGAUGAUUCUAAACAGUCUGGGUCUGGAAAUGGUGUCAAAAUGGAAGGGUAUAAUGCUUCAGAAGCAGAAGCUCCAGUUAUGAGGAGUUCAAUUGAUGAUUCUAAACAGUCUGGGUCUGGAGAUGGUGUAAAAAUGGAAGGGUAUAAUGCUUCAGAAGCAGAAGCUCCAGUUAUGAGGAGUUCAAAUGAUGAUUCUAAACAGUCUGGGUCUGGAGAUGGUGUCAAAAUGGAAGGGGAUAAUGCUUCUGAUUUGGCUAAGGCUCAUAUUUCAGAAAUUGAUGUCUCUACGAUGGAAAGCAAUACCAGCCAUGGCCCCAUUGAAAAAAUGACAGGCACAAUACAGGCUUCAACCCAAAACCCAAUCACAGGGAGUUAUAUGAAGGUCAAUCAUUCAGUUUUUGAUGCUUGUGAAAUGGACAAUAUUCCUUCUCUGGGAUCUGCUCAUGAAGGUCUUCUUGGUGAUGGUGGCGAUCCUCCCAUGGUCACCCAAUCUGUUUCAGAUGUAACGGAACAUCCUGGGAGUGACUCUGGAAACAGAACAGAGGCUUCAAAAGCAUCUCCUAGGUCUUCUCCAGAUGUUGUUAGGCUCGGCAACACUACACUUUCUGUGAAACCUGAUGGUAUUGAUUAUCAUUCCAAAGGGACAGUUACUCUUAUUGCAGAUCAUUCAGAUGCAAGAAAUAUCCAUAGUGUAGCUGAUGGUGUAUCUAUAAGCAGUAAUAAGCCUUCUCCAAAAGAGUCCUUAGAAUCAUCUCUUGAAACCAGAAACGUUGAAGCUCAAACUCAAACUCAAUCGGGGAUUGACAAAACCAAGGUCAAGUGUGAGGAGGUCUGCAACAUGCAAAUUGACCCCCCUGUAUCAUCAGAGGCCUCUUCACUUAAGUAUCUAUCUUCUUCCAAUGAGCAAGAGCUAAACAGUUCUGCAGCUGGAGCCAGUCAUGGAAAGGAUGUUUCUCAGUGUGGAGGGGUUAUGCCUCAAGAUAUUUCAGAAAAUUCUCUUCCAGUGAGAGAAGAAGAAAAUGCUGAUGGCUCGCCACACAAAACUGAAGCAGGUAAUGAAGCAGAAGCCUCUCAGGUUGGUGCGGUUGUGCUAAAAGAUUUUUCAGAAAAUACCGAUGGCUCAUGUGAGAAUGGUCUCGUUGGAAGCUCAGCAGUAAUGGAGGAGCCACACAAAACUGAAGCAGGUAAUGAAGCAGAAGCCUCUCAGGAUGGUGCGGUUGUGCUAAAAGAUUUUUCAGAAAAUACCAAUGGCUCAUGUGAGAAUGGUCUCGUUGGAAGCUCAGCAGUAAUGGAGGAGCCACACAAAACUGAAGCAGGUAAUGAAGCAGAAGCCUCUCAGGUUGGUGCGGUUGUGCUAAAAGAUUUUUCAGAAAAUACCGAUGGCUCAUGUGAGAAUGGUCUCGUUGGAAGCUCAGCAGUAAUGGAGGAGCCACACAAAACUGAAGCAGGUAAUGAAGCCUCUCAGGUUGGUGUGGUUGUGCCAAAAGAUUUUUCAGAAAACAUGGUUCUACCCUCAUCUCCACUGGUAGGAGAGGAAGAGAAGGACAAUAGAUCAUUUGAUCAAGGUUUAGCUGGCAGCUCAAUAGAACCAGAAAUGUCAUCUGUGGCCCAACUGACCAGUGAAAAGGAUGUAUCCAAUGCUGAUGUCAUUGUUUCAGAAAUUACACCGGAACACACAGUUCUACCCCAAUCUUCCUUGGAAGCAGAAGAAAACUUCAAAGGCAGUUUGGAGAAUGAUUUAGCUUGCCAUCCAGUGGUGCCAGGGGAAGAAAAAGGAUCUGACGCUGAAAUUGAUGAUCAGAUGGGCAUACCGAAGGUGUCUGAAAGUGCACCAGAAAUUUUGGAUCCCCAACCAUCUUCUCUGGUACUAGAGGAAGAAGAGCAGGUUAAGGGCUCAUCCGAGAAUGGUGCACCUUGUCACUCAGUAAUACUACAAAAAUCAGGAGGGUUAGAAGCUGAAGCAGGUGAGCAACUAGAUGCAUCUCAUGCUGAUACUUUAGUACCAGAAAAUGCAUCAGAGAACAUGGUUUCACCAAGAUCAUCCUUAGGUUCAGAGGCACCAAUGGUUGAGGGCUCGUUGGAGAAGGAUACAUUUGGCUCCUCAGUAGUACUAGAGGCAUCUAAAGGCUCCGCAACUAACGAGGAUCAAGCAAUUCCGUCCCAGGUAGAUGGAAUUAUGCCUGAAAUUAAUGUGGGCCUGCCCUCAUCUUUUAUAGGGAUGCAGGAAUCUGAGAUUAAGAGCUCAUCUGAGAACCACCAAGUUGACAGCUCAGUAGCUGAGAAAUUGAAAACAUCCGUGAUUGAAGAGGGAAGUCAAGGGAUAUUAUCUGAGGUGGGUGGAAUUGUGCCUGAAACUUCUUUGGUGAAUAGUGUUGUGCCAUCGUCCUCCGAAACAGCUGUAGAAAAUGUUAAUUGCUUGUCUGAGAAAAGCUCUCAUAGCAUCUUGCUUGCUCUAGAGGAACCAAAACAGUUUGAAACUGAAAAUAGCAACCAAAUUGUUGUAUGUGAGCCUAUGACUGGGCCUGAAGAUUCUUUGGAUAACAUGUGUCAGCCUUCAUGUUCUCUCUCAAUGGAUGCGGACAAGGUUGAGGGCUAUUCUGAGAAGAGUCCUUGUGGCAUUGCAGUACAAGUGAAGGAAUCAAAAGGGGCUGAAAUAGAAAAUGUUGAAUCCCAUGUUGCUAGCAUGGUAUAUGAAAGUCAAGUUGUUGGUACCGAGUCUGAACAUACCCAGGUUGGUAGCAUUGGACCAGAAGAUACAUUUGGAAACACAGACAAAUCCUCUUCUUCCUUGGGGAUGCAGGAAGAUACAAUUGGGGGCUCAUCUAAGAAUAUUCCAGGGGAAUCAAAUAGGUCGGAAGCUGAAACAGAUGUUCAAACUCAGUGUGGUGAGAUGGCUACAACGAACAUGUCAGAAAACUCAGCGCAGCCUUUAUCUCCCCUCGUGGAGGAAAAGGCAGAUGUCUUAUCAGGGAAAGAUCCAAAAGUAUCUGAUGUUGGUGAGUAAGCCUGUCACUGGGUUGAACUGUGCCAUGAAAGCACAGUGGGAAGAUUUGAGGGCUAAUUUGGCAAGGACCCAGCUGGGAGGUCAGUGGCACUGGAGGAACCACAAGGAUCUGUAGCUUUCCAGGUAUUUAUGAACCAAUAUUGUUUUGUUGUACAGCUAUACCGUAAUAUCCUGAUAUUAGCCUAUAUUUAAGCUUCCUGUAUGAGGGCUGACAGUCUGAACUGACACACCCGAGAUAAUCAAGUAUUGUAUUGCCCUGUACAAGUAAUCUGAUUUAUGGUUGUCUCUAA